AUGCAACCGCCACCUUGUGAAUGCUGCCAACAUCAACAUGAUGAGUGUGUUGGAGAAUUUCAGAACGCAACAGCCUAUCGAGAUGAUUAUCGUCGUUUUGAGACUGAAAGACCCGAAGCGAUCAGAAUGCAAGACAAUCUGGUUCCUUGUAAUGGACCUUUCACAAAUCAUACAGCGUACCGAAAUGAUUUUCGCCACUGCGAACAAGAAAGACCGAAACCCAUUCGAAUGUCUGACAACAUUAUGUGUUCUUGUGACCCUUUUCAAUGCCACACUCAGUAUCGUUCUGACUUUCGAGGCUCGGAUCAAGAACGACCAGAUCCCAUCCGCCAGAAGGACAAUCUAUGUCCUUGUGAUGCACCGUUCGCAUGCUCCACAAACUAUCGAGCGGACUUUCGAGGCUCGGAUCAAGAACGACCAGAUCCCAUCCGCCAGAAGGACAAUCUAUGUCCUUGUGAUGCACCGUUCGCAUGCUCCACAAACUAUCGAGCGGACUUUCGAGGCUCGGAUCAAGAACGACCAGAUCCCAUCCGCCAGAAGGACAAUCUAUGUCCUUGUGAUGCACCGUUCGCAUGCUCCACAAACUAUCGAGCGGACUUUCGAGGCUCGGAUCAAGAACGACCAGAUCCCAUCCGCCAGAAGGACAAUCUAUGUCCUUGUGAUGCACCAUUUGCGUGUUCCACAAACUAUCGAGCGGACUUUCGAGGCUCGGAUCAAGAACGACCAGAUCCCAUCCGCCAGAAGGACAAUCUAUGUCCUUGUGAUGCACCGUUCGCAUGCUCCACAAACUAUCGAGCGGACUUUCGAGAUAACUUGAGCACAUCCGAUGCACCAUUCGCAUGCUCCACAAACUAUCGAGCGGACUUUCGAGGUGCAGAACAGGAACGUCCCGAUCCGAUUAGAUUGAAAGAUAACUUGAGCACAUCCGAUGCACCAUUUGCGUGUUCCACAAACUAUCGAGCGGACUUUCGAGGUGCAGAACAGGAACGUCCCGAUCCGAUUAGAUUGAAAGAUAACUUGAGCACAUCCGAUGCACCAUUUGCGUGUUCCACAAACUAUCGAGCGGACUUUCGAGGUGCAGAACAGGAACGUCCCGAUCCGAUUAGAUUGAAAGAUAACUUGAGCACAUCCGAUGCACCAUUUGCGUGUUCCACAAACUAUCGAGCGGACUUUCGAGGUGCAGAACAGGAACGUCCCGAUCCGAUUAGAUUGAAAGAUAACUUGAGCACAUCCGAUGCACCAUUUGCGUGUUCCACAAACUAUCGAGCGGACUUUCGAGGUGCAGAACAGGAACGUCCCGAUCCGAUUAGAUUGAAAGAUAACUUGAGCACAUCCGAUGCACCGUUUGCUAGUUGCACGAACUAUCGAUCCGAUUAUCGAAUCACUGGUGAUGAGUGUCGAUCAAAACCGGUAAAAAUCAACGAUAAUCUGUCCGUGAGUGACGCGCCAUUUGUAGAUUGUACCAAUUAUCGUGCUCAUUAUCGGCAUGGAGAUGAGCAACGUCCCGAACCGAUCAAAUUGAAAGAUAACCUGAGCCUGAGUGAUGCUCCGUUCGAUCAUUCGACUAGUUAUCGUGCUGAUUAUCGUGGAGGAGAACAAAAACGCCCAGAUCCAGUUUUUCCUAAAGACAGUCUGAUAAUAGGAGCUCCUCUUGGUUGUCACAAGAAACAUGUUUGUGUUUGCACUUGUGGGCGUGCAAAGGGAAGUACGAAAAAAGCAUCCGAAAAUCAAACGUCUGUAUCCACCGUCAUGAAUGUUUGCUGA